AAUCUAGGCGGGGCUUAACGUGAGGGCAAGAUCCGGGGCUUCAAGAGUUCCGAAAUGGAAGUUCUUCUACAAAGCGGGAAAGCUAGUGUGAUAACUGAGGCUCCCCCGAGGGUUAUUUAUGCUCCAGAAUUUAUUUCUCAAACAGAACACGAUCAGCUGCUGCGUCAGGUUAGUGAGUCUCCUCGGACUAAAUGGGUUCAAUUGUCGGGAAGACGUUUGCAGAACUGGGGUGGACUGCCUCAUGCAAAGGGCAUGGUGCAGGAGAGGAUGCCUUCCUGGCUUGCAGUCUACGCAAAACAAGUAACAGCUUUAGGACUUUUCUCUGGUUAUGAAGCUAAUCAUAUUCUUGUGAAUGAAUACAAACCGGGUGAAGGAAUUAUGCCCCAUGAAGAUGGUCCUCUCUUCUGUCCUGUCAUUGCAACUAUUAAUUUGGGUUCACACACUGUGCUUGAUUUUUACCACAAGCUGCAGGACAAGAGUUCUGAAGUUGUAGAUGAUGUAGGGACGCAACAUGAAGACACAACAGUAGAGAGCUGGGGAUCAACUAGUACUGGAAAUUCUUCUCUUGAAAUGAGGUGUUUUCUGUCUCUUUUGUUGGAGCCUCGCAGCUUGGUUGUGCUGGAGGAAGACAUGUACAACAGGUACCUACAUGGUAUUCAAAUGCAAAGUCAAGAUGUCGUCUGCGAGAGGAUUAAGAACUUGCCUUACUGCGGACGGAAGAUGCAGAUAGGAGAUGUUCUACAAAGACAGACACGCGUGUCAUUGACUAUUAGACAUGUUUUGAAUGUUUCAAAAGUAAAAUUAAAAUUAGGAAGAUAUUGAGAGUAUGUACUGUGUAUGUCUAAACUGCUUGUUCAA